AUGGAUUUUAUUUGGCUUUACAGUAUAUCAGACAUUAAAAAAGACAAGUACAUCUACCUCCGUAAAGACUCCACUGCCAACGAGUCAGGAUCAACCAGAGUCAGUCCCGACGACACUGAUCCUCGAGUCUCUACCAUAGACUGUAAACACAUGCAAUGUAAGCAGCUGUGCAUGAGUCUGCGCAUGCAGCUGUGCAUGAGUCUGCGCAUGCAGCUGUGCAUGAGUCUGCGCAUGCAGCUGUGCAUGAGUCUGCACAUGCAGCUGUGCAUGAGUCUGCGCAUGCAGCUGUGCAUGAGUCAGCGCAUGCAGCUGUGCAUGAGUCAGCGCAUGCAGCUGUGCAUGAGUCAGCGCAUGCAGCUGUGCAUGAGUCAGCCCAGUGGGGGCGAGUUCCGACUCAAAAACGAGCAUGUGCGCUGA